GGGCGGGCAGCGCGCUGCAGUGUGGGAGCAGGGAGCGGCCGCCAUGUCGAUCGGGGUCCCGAUCAAGGUUCUGCAUGAGGCCGAGGGCCACGUGGUGACGUGCGAGACCAACACGGGCGAGGUUUACCGGGGCAAGCUGAUCGAGGCCGAGGACAACAUGAACUGCCAGAUGUCCAACAUCACUGUCACGUACAGGGACGGGCGUGUGGCACAGCUGGAGCAAGUGUACAUCCGUGGCAGUAAGAUCCGCUUUCUAAUCUUACCGGACAUGCUGAAGAACGCGCCAAUGUUAAAGAGCAUGAAGAACAAAAACCAGGGCACGGGGGCUGGCCGAGGGAAGGCUGCUAUUCUCAAAGCUCAAGUGGCUGCGCGAGGGAGAGGCCGUGGUAUGGGCCGAGGGAACAUCUUCCAGAAAAGGAGGUGAGGUCCUUCCACUCACCUGGACAGAGGAUUUCCAGGAUUGCUCUACGUAUUUGUUGUUUUAUAAUUCUGUGCACAGAGUCCGUUGUGUUCUGGCUGGUGACAAUAAACUUUUUUCCAUAAA